AUGGCGUCCAGUUGCAGCGAGCUGGAGUCGGCCAUCGAGAUCCUGGUGCGCAAUUUCUACACGUACGCGGAGAAGAAGGGGAAACACGACAAGAUGAACAAAAAGGAAUUCCGCAAGAUGGUGUCUCAGGAGCUCCAACACGUGCUGACGAAUACACAGAACAAGGAAGCCUCCAACAAGCUGAUCCAAUCGCUGGACACGGACGAGGACGGGAAGAUCAGCUUUGACGAAUAUUGGACUUUGAUUGGGGAGAUCGCCAGGAAGCUGAGCCAACAGAUGGCCAUGCAGUGCCAGGAACGACCCUAG